UCUGUAAAAAGAGUUACCUCCCGUAGCGUAUCCAGAGAUACGUAAACAAAUGAAAAAGUUGUUAUUUUUUGGUAAAAAACAGCAAAAAUGAGUAGAGGAAGCAAUCGAGACAAUAACAGCAUCCUUAGCGAGAUAGAAUGGGACGAAGGGCUGAGUAUGCCCGUCGCCAAUGCCGAGAACAAGGCAUUGGAAGACGAGGUCCAGGGGAAGCAGCGCAACAUGGUCAAGGUCAAGGGAGACCUGGAAGAGUAUGAGGACAGAAUCCAUGCCAUGUCCGAACACUUGAAGAAUGUUAGACAGGAACUCCAACAUACUCAGGGUCUGGUCAAUGCUCGCAAGAAGGAGGUUGAGACAGAAAGUCACCUGCUGACGAUUGCAGAGCGGGAGGAAGGCCGUCUCAAACAGGAAAUCAAGAAACUAGAGAAAGAGGUUGAAGAAUUUAAAGAGAGGAAAAAUGUGUUUGAGAACAACAUCUUCAAGCAGACUCAGAAGCUGGAGGAGAUGAAGUCUCAGAUGAACUGGGAUCAGCAGGCAUUGGAGGCAUGGCUAGAGGAAUCCGCUCGUAAAGAUGAAGAUUCAAUGGCCAUCCAGAAAUACUCGCGCCACGAUGAGAGCAAAAUUAAGGAACUGUCUCUGAGAAUGGAGAGACUAACAGAUGAGGCUGCCAAAAAGAGACGCCAGCUAGACCAUGAAACCACCGAAACACUCACUGCUCAGAUUGAGUUGGACAAGACUGCAGAGGACUUCAGGAAGGCACAUCAGGAGCGACAGGAGCUGAUUCGACAGUGGGAGAACACCAUAGAACAGAUGCAGCGACGUGACAAGGAGAUGGAUCUCCUAGCAGCUCAACUAGCCCGAGUGAAAGCCGAGGUGCGUAAACGUGAAGAGUCCAUCAAGGAGAAGCAGCAGUUUCUUGAUAAUGAGAUUGAGAACAACACGGAGCAAGAGAAGCGGAUCUCAAUUGCCGAGAGGACGGCGGCAAGGAUUCGCUCUGACUACCAGGAUGCUGAGACACAAAGAGUACAGUUCCAGGAUGAGCUGGAUGCUCUAAAGAGAACCGUAGACCGCACUGUGACAGACCUUGAAAGCACGAGAUCCCAGGUCACACAGCUAAAGAAAGAUGUUCAGGAUAAAGAAAACAGAUUAAGACAAGCUAAGGAUCUACGUGAGACGCUUAUCGAGAAACUCAAGAUUGUGACAGAAUCCAACCUGAGUGCCGAGGAGCGGGCUGCACGGAUGGACGAACUGCUGGAAGAAGAGGAUCGUAGGCAGAAGGAGAUAGAUCAGGAGUUGAAAUACCUACGAGACCUGCAGUUUAAGAAGAUGAAUGAACUACACGAGACCAAGAUGAAGGAGAGAAAUAGUGAGGCUGAAAUCCAGGGAAGCCAAGCUGCUAUCAGGAAUCUCAACAGUAAGAUCGGCAAGCUGGACACAGACUCACUUAAACAACAGGAGAUCAUCUACAAUCAGGACUUUGCGGUCCAACAGUUGGAGCGCCGAAUCAACAGGAUGCAGGGUGAACGGAGCAACGAGGAGAAAGUGGCUCUUGAGGGCCGGAUUAAAGACCUUACAGAUGAUCUGGAGGCCAAAAACAAUACACAUACUCUUCUAACACUGCAGCUGAAGAGACUUCAGGAUGAUAUUAGACGUGUAAGCCGUGAACUAGAGAAGAGCGGAUCAGAAAAGAAUGACCUGACGAGCAAGAUUGAAGAGCUAAACCUCUACAAUGACAGCUCGGAGAGGGAACUGAAGAAAAUCAUCCGCUCCAAGCAAGACCUCAUGGUGGACCAGAACAUUCUGAAAUUGGAGUUGAAGAGACUUCGGGACAUGCUCAAUGAGAGAGCUGAUGAAGUGUUUAGUCUUGAGAAGAGGAGACUACAGCUGGAAACCGCUAUGAAGGAGCGUCACCAGGAGAUCAACAUCCAUAAAGAGAUGCUGGGCGCCCAAGUCCGUGCUGUCAAUGAGGAGCGACAGCAGAUCUCUGCUGAGCUUCAUGAACGCAUCUCCAAGAUUGACAAACUCAGGAAAAGGUAUGAGAUUCUGAUGGUUUCCAUGGCGCCACCAGAGGGUGAGGAAGAGAGGUCACAGGCUUACUACGUCAUUAAGGCUGCUCAAGAGAAGGAAGAAUUACAACGUGAAGGUGAUGAUCUCGACGCUCGUAUCCGUAAAGCAGAGAAGGAAAUCCGGGCCCUGGAGAACACGCUCAAACUCAUGAACAAUCGUAACGAGACUUACAGGAAGAGCUUCAAUAAGGUCACUGACUCCAGUGAUGAAAUGGAGGAGAAACAACAGUUGGAUGAACAGAUGCGGGCUGUAAUGGACAAGUUCAAGUACAAGCGUCGUCAGAUUCGCGAGUUACAGGAGGACUUACACACCAUGUCCAACACGCUGGAUAAUCUCAACAGGGAUGAGGAUGCCUAUGUGGAUAUGGUUGAGGAGAAAAGGAACAAGAUUCUUCAGCUACAGAAGGAACUGGAUGACCAGAGGGCCAAGCUGGAAAGGGUCACAAAACAGAAUCUGAGGUAUGCAAGGGAACUGAGAUCUGCCAAGAAGAGCAAGGGGGAAACACCAGAGGAGAAAGAUUUCUCUGUACGUGAGCUAAGAGAAUUCAACAAAAAUGCCAUGCAGCAGAUAGGGGAAGCAACUCAGGUUCACCCUGACCUGGCUGAGGCUGUAACCAUGUACUUUGCUCAGGCCAACCUCCCAACAUUGGCCACAGGUGGUGGUAGACAGCCAGGCAGUGCGCGUAGCAGCCUGUCCUCUGUGCGCAGCAGUGCAUCUACCAUGAAGUCACCCACAGGCAGUGCUCUUGGCAGAGCCCAGAUUGGGGCUGACUUUGGGGGAGUUCAGUCCCCUGGAAGCUCUCGUAGUUCCAGUUCAAUGAGUUCAGUGAGAAGUGGGCGGAGUGGAGCAAGUGGGCGGAGAUAAUUUGGACUUUGAUUGACAUCUUACAAGCACCUGUCCAAUCGGAGCAGAGACAGUGGGUGGUGAUAAUCCGAUUAACCCUAACAAGCACCUGCCCAGAUACAAUUAUUUUGACAAAAAUAUAUUUAUUGUUUUAUUUCAAUAUCUUAUAUUAGAAACAUUAUAUGCAAACUGAAAAAUGCCUUUAUUCAAAAGGUUUCCAUAAAUAUAUGUUAAUAAAUCAAGGCAGUAUUAAGUACUGCUUGUUGCUUGUCCUAAAUUAGAAAAUUUUAGCUACUAGAUAACUGUUAUCAAUGGUUUUUGUGCCAAGAAUAUAUUUUUUGGCUGAAUAAAUUAUCAAAUUCUGUUAUUUAUAUUGCAUUUUAGGUAAAAUUAGAGUCUUAACUAGACUUAUUUAUAUAUGUUUCUGUGAUAUUUGCUUUUUGUCAUUUUAAUGGCAUGUAUAUUUUGUAUUUUACUGUGUUGUUAACUGCCAAUUACUUAAGGAAUCUGAACCACAAAUAAACUAGUUCUCGUUAAAUUCUGAGGACUGGUGACCCCAUACAAUUUUGGUAUUAUUUGAAAGGUACUUAUUUGCUGAGUGACUAUGAACAUGUAAAAUAAUGCUUGCAGUAUUUUUUUUUCUUCAAGAAAUAGGUUUAUAUACAAUAAUAUAGUAGGAGAUGAUGGACAUGUAUUUAUUUAAGUACAAUUAUAUUUUAAUAAUUUACUUGAGCAAAUGUUUGGGUAAAUGUUGUUUGCAAAAUGCUGAGUACUUGUUAUUUUAUAUCAAUUUGUGAAGUCACAACUUUAAUAAAUCAUUUGAAAGAGA